AUGUUUCUCAAGACAAUUGGAUAUAUUGGCCUCGGCAAGGCUGGAGCAUCCAUGGCGUCCAACAUACCCAGAGCGGGUUUCCGUCUCAUUGUAAGAGAUGUCGAACAUGCUCGGGAGCAGAAGUUUGCUGAAGAGAACCCGAAUACCUCCGUAGCCGAAGCUGGCCCGGAAGGGUUCAGAGACUGUGACGUGAUUGUCACCAUGUUGCCGCAAGGCAAGGUUGUCAGGGAGGUGGUAUUGGGAGAAACUGGAAUUGCAAAAGGAUUGAAGCCAGCAGUAGGCACCAUCAUAGUGGACACUUCAUCGUCCUCGCCAUUCGACACACAGAGCUUGGGCAAAGACCUGGAAGGUCUGGGAUUUGUGCUGGUCGACUCGCCCGUGACACAAGCGCACCUGCAUGACACCGACACAGGAGACGCGACACUGAUGGUUGGCUCGAACUCACAGGAGGCUGUGGACAAAGUGCUGCCAGUACUGCAGGCGAUGGCGAAAUAUGUGUUCCACAUGGGCAAGCUAGGAGCCGGCCACGCGAUGAAGACACUCAACAACUACAUCAGCGCAGCGUCCAUUGUCGCAUUAUCCGAUGCCCUCGUCACCGGGCAGAAGUUCGGGCUGGAUCCAAUUCAGAUGAUCGACGUGCUCAAUGUCGGUACGGGACGCAAUUUCUCGACCACCAACAGUUAUGCUACUGAUGCUCUCUCGCGAAGGUAUGCCUCUGGAUUCCAGCUGGCCCUGUUGGUCAAGGACAUUGGGAUCUCUAAGGAGCUCUUUGACAGACUCGAUUUUGGUACCGAGUUGCCGGAUCUCAUUCUCAAGUAUUUCAGGAUUCCAUGGCCGUUCUUGAUCCUACAGCCGACCACACGGAGCUGUUGA